CUUAGUUUUUGACCGAUGUGUCCGCUUCUCUGCGUCUGUUGGUUGAAUUCCCAACUCUCAGUCGUUUGUGCUCCUGACUUAGCUGUUGUCGCUGUUCAUUUGCAGUUUCAUCCACGAUGGAAGGCUUUGAAACUUCUGGAAUUGGCGUUUUAUAUCCGAGGAAAAUGGGUACAGUGAAGCAGCUGUUAAUCAUUCUGAUGCUGAUAUUAAACAUUCCAUGGUGAAUGGGCUUUCCAAUGGUUAUGACAAAGAGAAGAAAGACAAAGACAAGCACCACGAUAAAGAUCGUGAUAAGGAGAAGCACAGAGAUAAAGAGAGUGAGCGUGACAAACACAGAAGCAAAGAUGGUGAUAAGGAUAAACAUAGAGAUAAGCAUAAAGACCACAAAGACAGGGACCGUGAUCGUGAAAAGGACAAGCAUAGAGAAAAGGACAAAGAAAGAGACAAGGAGCGUGAUAAGUCGAAACAUAGUUCUAGUUCUUCUAGCAAAGACAAACAUAAUAGUAGUAGUAGUAGCAGUUCUAAGGACAAAGAUAGGGACAAAGAAAGGAAAGACAGAGAAAAGAGUAAGCAUCAUGAUGACAAGGAGAGAAAAGACAAGGAACAUAAAAGUAGCAGCUCGUCUAGUAAAGAUAAGGAACACAAGAGUUCCAGUUCCAGCAAACAUAGCAGUUCUUCUAGCUCAAAACCCAGUUCUAGUAGUUCAUCUAAAGAUAAGGAACAUAGAGAUAAAGAUCGAGAAAAGGAUAAGGAAAAGAGCCGUGAUAAGGAUAAAGAGCGCAGUAAAGAAAAACACAGUUCUAGUGAAAAGCAUAGCUCAAGUGAGAAACACAGUUCAGGUUCCAGCAAAGACAAGGAGAGACACAGUUCUGACAAGCAUAAAUCAGACAAAGAUAGGCAUAGUUCCAGUUCUAGCAAGGAGAAGGAUAGACAUAGUUCGGAGAAGAAGGAUAAACAUAGAGAAAAAGAUAAAUCUAGAGAUAAAGAAAGAGAAAAGGAGAAAAUAAUCAAGAAGGAAGAGUUGUUAGAAUCCCCACAAUUUAAAAAUGAAUCGAUGGAAAUAAAGCAAGAAAGGGAUGAAGAUUUCUCACUUCAAACUUCUUUAAGGGAUGACUCGAUGGAUGACGAUGAUGACGGAAAGUUGAUGAUCAAGGAGGAGCCGACGGAUGACGAAAGCAAGAUGGAUUACACCGAGAGUACCAUGGAUAUGUCCGGUGACAGGUCACAGAUCAAAGAGGAGGAGGAGGAUGAUGAGGACGACGACUUGCCUAUGGCUGCCCGUAUGGCCAAAAUGAAGAAGGAAGUGGAAUCGGAGGAUGAAGAUGAUGUUCCUCUCAUGGCUAGAAAAAAACCAAAGAAAGAGAGUGCGAAAAAGCGGAAAAAAGCCGAUAGUGACUACGAUGAUGAAGAAGAUUUUAAACCAGCCAAGAAAAAACAGAUAAAGAAGGAAAAGAAGAGUGGAAAGGUGAAGCAGGAAGGUACUACAGAGAGUCCUAGAAAGAAAAAGAAGGAUGAGGAAGAACAAGAAGUUUGGAAAUGGUGGGAGGAGGAAAAGAAGCCAGAUGGCGUCAAAUGGAACUUCUUGGAACAUAAAGGACCUGUAUUCGCCCCUCCUUAUGAGCCACUUCCACCCAACGUCAAAUUUUACUACAACGAAAAGGAAAUUAAACUUUCCGAACCUGCAGAGGAGGUGGCUACCUUCUACGCACGAAUGUUGGACCACGAUUACACUACUAAAGAAGCCUUCAAUACCAACUUUAUGACUGAUUGGCGAAGUGUAAUGAGUUCGAAGGAGAAAGAAUUGAUCAAAGAUCUCAGAAAGUGCAAUUUCAAACAUAUGCAUGCUUAUUUUAUAAAGAAAUCUGAAGAAAGAAAGGCAAUGAGCAAAGAAGAAAAGAAGGCGAUCAAAGAAGAAAAUGAGAAAAUAGCAAAAGAAUAUGGAUUCUGCAUGAUUGAUGGUCACAAAGAGAAAAUCGGCAACUUCAAAAUAGAACCACCGGGUCUGUUCCGUGGACGAGGAGAACAUCCGAAAAUGGGCAAAUUGAAGAGACGAGUGGUUGCUGAAGACAUUAUCAUCAACUGCAGUAAAGACAGUAAAGUCCCCCCACCCCCGCCAGGGCACAGGUGGCGAGAGGUCCGACAUGACAACUCUGUUACGUGGCUGGCCAGUUGGACUGAAAAUGUUCAAGGUCAGGUGAAAUACAUCAUGUUGAACCCCUCUUCAAAACUAAAGGGCGAAAAAGAUUGGCAGAAAUACGAAACAGCCCGGAAAUUAGCCAGUAGCAUAGACAAAAUACGAGAGGACUACACUGCAGACUGGAAGUCUAAAGAGAUGAGGAUACGGCAGCGUGCUGUUGCCAUGUAUUUUAUUGACAAGUUGGCGUUGAGAGCGGGUAAUGAGAAAGAUGAGGACCAGGCGGACACGGUCGGCUGUUGUUCGCUGCGGGUGGAACACAUUCAACUGCACGAGGAGAAGGACGGCAAAGAAAAUGUGGUUGUGUUUGACUUCUUGGGUAAAGAUUCAAUUCGAUACUACAACGAAGUACCAGUGGAAAAGAGAGUUUUCAAGAAUCUUGUGCUAUUCAUGGAAAACAAGAAACCAGAAGACGAUCUGUUUGACCGCCUCAAUACUGCCGUGCUGAACAAACAUCUGAGUGAACUGAUGGACGGACUGACGGCCAAAGUGUUCCGUACGUUCAACGCCUCGUGGACACUACAGAACCAGCUGAGAGAGCUCACAGACCCGGACUACACAGUUGCAGAAAAGCUAUUGGCGUACAACAGAGCGAACAGGGCAGUCGCAAUCCUCUGCAACCAUCAACGUGCCGUGCCGAAGACACAUGACAAGUCCAUGGCAAACCUGCGAGAGAAGUUGGCCAACAAGAGACAGGCCGUGGAAGACGCGGAGAAGAAUUUAAAACAUGCCAAAAGAGACGCCAAAAAUGGAUCUGCCAAAGAGAAAAUAGCUGCUGACAAGGCUAAGAAGACGUUGGAUCGGUUAAAGGAGCAGCUUCUGAAGCUGGAGGUGCAAGAGACAGAUCGGGAGGAGAACAAGACUAUUGCCCUGGGCACGUCCAAGCUCAACUACCUGGACCCUAGGAUAUCAGUGGCUUGGUGCAAGAAGUUCGAUGUGCCCAUCGACAAGAUCUACAACAAGACUCAGCGCGACAAGUUCCGCUGGGCCAUCGACAUGGCUACGGCUGAUUAUGUAUUUUAAUACAAACUAGACGAGCAGAGUGGACGUUUUAUACUGUCUUGUAUUGUCUUGACAUUAAAAUCACUUGUAUUUUACAUAGUUUUUUCUUCAAUUGUGAUAGUUCCUUAGUUUCUUAUUACGUUUUUUAUGGUAUUUUUCAAAUUAUUGGUGUUAUGUUACAGUGGUAAAUUUAACAUUACCACUCUGCUCCGUAUAUUUUAGGAAUUAUUGUUCCAUUGUUAGUUAGGAUUAUUAUUUAUUUUUUACAGUAUACUUAUAUUCAAUUUUUUACUUAGUAUUAUUUUAUAUAUUCCACUGACGUUCAGUGAGUUGUACGUUUGAAUAAAUAUUUUACGAACGUAAAUCAAUCUACGUGCUAAGUUUUUGAAGAACAAUUAGUCUAAUUACUGGAUAAUAUAAUUUAAAUUAAUGGUAAGUUAUUUUUUAAUGUAUAUAUAUUUUUUGAUGUUUUAGUGUGACUUUGAUGUGGCAACUGUUGAAGCGCACCGGAUCAUUCGAGUCUAGCAUUUUCUGAUUAUGACUGUAUUCUUUUAGGAGAUCGAUGCAUGGAUGUUAGGUUUUCUUGAUUUCUCUUUUCAGAUUUUACAUAAUAAGCUGUUUAAGGGGCUAAGUUGAUACCUUAAUUUUGUAAUAUCAGGUCGAUUGUACCGUAUAUAUGUGAUACAAACUGCAAUGGUAGAUUGUACGGGUCCUGAAGCAGACAUCAAGCACAAAUACAGAAACACACGUGAAACAACAAAUAGAAUCAGAUGGUAGAAUUAAGAGUUUAUUUUUAAGACUCUGCUCUCUUUGUAUGGAAUUUGUUGUAUUUUGGAUUAUCUUAACUACUGGACAUUAUGAAAUCUGGAGACAGUCUAUAUUACUAAAAUUGUUGUUUGUACAUACUGUAUACGUACUUUGUGUACUUGUACAUUCUGACUGUUGCGUACAAGUAAUCAAAUUUACCGAUUGUUUCAGUUCAGAAUUUUAAAUUUGUACAGCAACUGCUGUUUUAGCUUUAGAUGUCCAUUAUUGUUACUGUAUUAUGAGACUCUUCUGUUCUGACCAAACGUUAGAAACUGUAUUCAUCCUUUGGCUUGGAAAAAAGUUCAUAAUUGUUAUUCCAUUAUAUGUGUAUUGAUUUUUUAUUGUGAAGAAAAUGUUUUUACAAUUUUAUUACUUAAGAGGAACAGUAAUAGAAAUAUAACAAGAUUUCUGUUAGAGAAUUGAGAGUUUCAAACCAGAUUCAACAGGGUAUCGUCUUAGUCCGGUUGUAUUAAUUGUACAUUAAUUAAAUGUACUUCAUGAAUCUUAUUUAUUUUAUUAAUGUUAAACGGAAUAAAAACACAAUUAUUGUUUAAAUGUAGUUAAGGUUACGGAGAAAUUUUCAUAUACACUGGAUGUUGUAAAUUGAUUAUUAUAUAAAUCCGUUUUGUAAAUAAAUCAAGUGUGUGUGAAAAUAGAGUGCAGAUAUAAAAUA